AUGAUGGCGGAUGAAAGCGAUUCUGACGACAGAGAGAUGUGGUUAUAUCUGACACAAAUACAACAUCUGGAUAAGCAGUUGGAGAGAUGUCAGCUUCAGUGUGAUGAGCUGAAGAAACAGAACAAGGACCUGGCCCUUCAGUACAGCAUCCUGGAGGAGGACAAGACAGACAUCACCGAGUACCUGCAGCACUGCGUGGCUGAAGAGGAGAAGAAGGUGGAGGAGCUGACCGGGCGGCUGGAGCGUCAGCAGCAGGCUGUCGAACAGGACCGAGAGGCGCUGAAGCUGCAGCACAGCCAGCAGCUGCAGGAGCUGCAGGACCGGAUAGAUGAGCUUUGCACAGAGAGCAGCAUGCAGGCAGCAAAGUUUGAGGAGCAGCAGGAGCUGGAGGAGCAGCUGGAGCAUCUGAUGCAGCAGCAGCUCAUCAGCGAGCGUCUGCAGAGGCAGGUGACCAGUGAGAAGAAGGAGCAAGACGCUGUCAUCAACAGCCUGAGGAAAGCGGCAGACUUGGAGAGGCUAAAGGUUGUGGAGGAGAGGAAGAGUACACAGGAGGAUAUCAUUAAGACGAAGGUCUCAAACAUUAUCCAGGAGGAGAGGGCUCAGCACCAAGAGCUUCAGGAGAAGGUUCAACUCCUUCUGGAAAAGAGCAUGAAUCUGUGGGAGGACAAGGACAAACUGUGCCAACAAGAGAAAGAUCUUUACUCUGAGAUUGACAAAUUGAAGGAUGUCGACACGGUGAUCCAGGAGACACUCACCUACAAGACGGAGGCGAAGACGCUGACGGAGAAGUGUCAGCAGCUGGAGGUGGCGAUCAAGAAGUGUAGCAGCGCCCAUCAGAGCAGGCUGGAAGAGAACGAGACUCUCAGACAGCGCCUGGCUUCAGCAUCCGAGGAGUGUUGUCAGAAAACAGCCGAGGUCGAUGAGCUGAGGGCCGAGAUCCAGAGGAGGAGCAGCAGGAGGGAGCAGCUGGAGGGCGUCCUGCAAGAAGCAGCGGUCACUCUCGGCCGCAUGCUGAUGAAAGAGGAAACGUCGGAGGCUCAGUGUAAGAUCCUGCAGCAGAUGCUGCGCAGCGCCGAGCCUCAGGGACCAGACUCCACCCCUGAGGAGAGCAGUCCAGGACAGACGCCACAGAGCUCUGACCCCGACCCAGCCAGAGCAGAGACCCUGAACUUGGCCACAGAUCCAUUCUUCCUGAUGGCCCGCUACAGACUGGGCGACUUCGGCUACAUACCACCACCCAUGAUGAAACACAAGCCAGCAGCCAGAAGGACAGGAGCUCAGCUGCGUCUCAGCAGGUCUGUGAUGAAGCAGUUUGUCUGCAGGGGGCAGUGUCGAGUCAAAUCAGUGUCCCAGUGUAAUCCACUCCGCACAGACGGACAGAAGGACGAGACUCUCUGA